AUGAAUGUUUGCCAAAGGGCUGGCUCAAGAAGGAACUGUGAGGCUGUGAGGAUCUACAAUCCUUCUAUAGGCGUGAUGUCGGCGGCUGAAGUGAAGCUCUUUGGAAGAUGGACCUAUGAGGACGUGAUGCUGUCGGACUUGAGCUUGGUGGACUACAUUGCCGUGAGCAAGACUGCGCAGUUGUUCCUCCCCCACACCCAGGGCCGCUACCAGAUGCGACGCUUCAGGAAAGCGUUGUGCCCCAUUGUGGAGCGAUUGGUGUGCUCCAUGAUGAUGCAUGGCCGCAACAACGGCAAGAAGCUUAUGGCAGUGCGCAUCGUCAAGCAUGCCUUUGAAAUCAUCCACCUCCUCACAGACAAGAACCCCAUCCAGGUCUUUGUGGAUGCUGUCAAGAACGGAGGUCCUCGUGAAGACUCCACCCGAGUUGGCUCGGCAGGUGUGGUGCGGCGUCAGGCUGUGGAUGUGUCCCCGCUGCGCCGUGUGAAUCAAGCCAUCUAUCUCAUUUGCACUGGAGCGCGAAACAGUGCCUUCCGAAACAUCAAGUCCAUCGCCGAGUGCCUUGCAGAUGAGAUCAUGAAUUGCGCGAAGGAGUCUUCCAACAGCUACGCCAUCAAGAAGAAGGAUGAGAUUGAGCGCGUGGCCAAGGCCAACCGAUAA